AUGGCCACGACGCCCCAACUGACACCCGAGGAGAAAGAAGCGCUCGCGGAGCGCCAACGCCGCACGGCGGAAGCCCUCAUCGGCGCGUACAAAGUCUGGUGCAUCGAAGACGCCAUGUCGCUGGAUAACAUCUUCCGGCGCCGCACGCCGGACUGCAUCCAGCGGACGAUACCCAUCACGGCGGGCCUGCCGGACCGCAACAACGCGCAGUACCGCGCCUACCUGCAGGAGCUCGUGCUGCUGGACCUGGCGCCCUGGGAGGGGGAGAUCAACAUCGAACCGCCCAUCAUCUCGGACGCGGAGAGCCACGUGUGCGUCGUGCGCGUGCACGGGUGGGCCAAGACCGGGGGCGGGGAGAUCCACGAUCGCACCGUGUGGUUUUUGCACUGUACGGCAGACGGGGAGAUGGUGUGGCGGGUGGAUGUGUGGGUGGAUACGCGGCAGUCGUUUGCUUUUCAGCAGAAGCAUCGCGAGUGGCAGGAGUAUCAGAAGAAGAAGGACAGUAGGCGGAAGAAGAGAACUGGAGGGGAGGGUGCGGCUGCUAGUGGUGGUGGUGGUGGUGGUGGUGGCAGGGAUGGAGGGAGGAAGAAGAGUAGGAGUCCGAGACAUGGGAAGAGUGGGAGUGUCAGUAGCAGUGGGAGUGGGAGUGGGAGUGGGCGGGGGAGCAAGAGGGAGUCUCCUGCGCCGGAGCGGACCGGGUCGAGGGAGCGGCAAGGUUGA